AUGCCUGCUCGUCCCAACCCUCCGAAGAAUGCUGCGCGCUGCUUCAUCCAAAUGGUCGACUUCCGUCGCGAGAAGGAUGACGAGCUGGACAAGGAGCAUGACGCUCUCAUGGCCAAGCUCAGACUCCUUCUCGAGUACUACAAUGCCGACCGUGGUUACUGGCACCCGUAUCUCGGUGCUCUGUACGGCCUCAAGCGAGGUUCCGAAGACACCCUGAUCAAGCUGCACGACCUCAUCGGCCGGUACAAGGAGCUUCCUGAGGACGACGCACGCCGCAUCCACUUCUUCAGAAGACUCAAGUGUGCCCAGCGCAUGGCCAACCGCCACGUUCGCCGUGCUCUGGUCUGGCCUCACGAGGAGGCCAUGUACGUCCUCGCAAGUCCCGACUCGCAAAGCACCAGGUUCUAUGCCUACCGCUACGUGGAUGACUUGGAGCUCCCCAGUCGUUACCGCAUCUUGACCGACUCGCCGGCAUUGACAAAGCCUCCUACUGACUGGCCAUUCCCCAAGGAGAAGACAGGCUUGGUAGCUCCCCCCAUCCCUCCCAACGACCAGCUCCGUGCCCAUCGGGCACAAGCUGCGAUCUACAACCCUUGGGUUGGCACUCACCCUGAUGAGAUCGAGGCUAACGCCAAUUUGCACAACAAGGGCAAGCUUGGCCAGAAGAUCCGCGACUUCUUCGCCAAGAUGAAGACCAAGCGUGCCGACAAGGCACAGGUCAAGGCCGACAAGAAGGGUGACGAUGCCCAGAAGGGUGCUGACGCCCAGAAUGGCGCUGACGCUGCUGCCAACGGCGCUGGUCCAGUCAUCCCUGAGAUUCAGGUCGGCAAUACCGAUGGCAACCAGGCCGCCGACAACGCCUCUUCAGUCUUCGAGGACAUCCACGCCUCUGUGGGCAAUGACGCGGGCACUGUUCAGACGGGCCUCAAUGCUCACCCGGUUCGCCGCCCUGUUGACGAGUAA